AGCUUAGUCGCUCGGACUGAGUAAUAAAGGAAUAAAUAAAUCCAUAAAUGAAUAAUAAAUAUAUACUGGCCUUCAGUAUGACGGUUUGAUCAGUUAAAACGUUUACGUGGCUAACAAAAUAAAAUAAAAAAGAAUAAAUUAAUGUGGUCACUGAAUUCAGUGGGACCGUUUUACAGGCAUGCGCAGUUUGCUUUCGCCGACAUGGCGGAUGUAAAUGAAUGAAUGGAUGAAUAAAUGAAGAAACAAACAAACAAACAAACAGUUGGAGUGGUGGUAUAGCACUAAAAACGUCUUAUUGGGGCGGUUGUGUUAUUUUACACAUUUAAGUGAGGUGAAAAUAACGAAUGCGGUUCCGGUAAAAUAGUGAGUUUUCUACGCACGCGCAGUGUGGUCCUCCUUCGGCCUCCGCGACUGGGUGCUUUCAGGCGCUUGAAAAUGCGCUGGAAGGCUGUCAUCUCGGCUCAACCGAACUCAGUUAUUUACCAUCGAAACUCAUCUUUUGGACUACGUUCUACACCUCCCGUUGGCAAGAAACCACUUCGUGACCUCUCGUCGCUUGGAGUCAUCAUCAAACGAGCGCCGCUGCUGAUAUAGUUGUGUUGUGACGCUGGUCCCGCGUUGCCACUACCUCCAGCCUCCUCCCGCCCACCCCCCGGUGCCUCUUUGCCGCUGUAUGACCUCUAACCUCUAGCCUCAAGGCAGAGGAUUUCUUCCUCCGGAGCCCCCAAGCUUGCCCUUCGCCUCCUCGCCAAGGAGCAGCUGAGUGACUCCACUUGGACAAGAGGAGCUGUUGGAUCCCCCUCCCUCCCUCCUUGUCCCAGAAUCCCCCAGAGGUCUGAGUUUUUUUUCUUCUGGUGAUAUCGAGCCCGGCUCAGCCGGCCGCGCAAACUCUUCAAAACUGGGGCGCGAUUCGUGUGAUGCGACCAUGUCGGGUCUGGGCGAGCGCCGGCCGGUCAACGCGGACUAUGCCGUCUCCCUGCUGGAGCAGCUCAAGUUCUUCUACGAGCAGAAGCUGCUGACGGACGUGGUGCUGCUGGUGGACGACACGGAGUUCCCGUGCCACAAGAUGGUGUUGGCUGCGUGCAGCUCCUACUUCAGGGCGAUGUUCAUGGGCGGCCUGAGCGAGAGCAAGCAGACGCACGUGCACCUGAGGAACGUGGACGCCGCCACGCUGCAGAUCAUCAUCACGUACGCCUACACAGGCCACCUGGCCAUCAGCGACAGCACCGUGGAGCCGCUCUACGAGACCGCGUGCUUUCUGCAGGUGGAGGACGCCCUGCUGCAGUGCCGCGAUUACCUGGUGAAGAAGAUCAACCCCGAGAACUGCGUGCGCAUGCUGAGCAUCGGCGACCUGUUCAGCUGCAGCGAGCUGAAGCAGAGCGCCAAGCGCAUGGUGGAGCACAAGUUCCCCGUAGUGUACCGGCAGGACGCCUUCCUGCAGCUGUCGCACGAGCUGCUGCUGGACGUGCUGAGCAGCGACAACCUCAACGUGGAGAAGGAGGAGACCGUGCGAGAGGCGGCCAUGCUGUGGCUGGAGUACAACAUGGAGGCGCGCUCGCAGCACCUGUCGUCGGUGCUCAGCCAGAUCCGCAUCGACGCGCUCUCCGAGGUGACGCAGCGGGCCUGGUUCCAGGGCCUGCCGCCCAACGACAAGUCCGUGGUAGUGCAGGGCCUCUACAAGUCCAUGCCCAAGUUCUUCAAGCCGCGCCUGGGCAUGACCAAGGAGGAGAUGCUCAUCUUCGUGGAGGCGCUGUCCGAGAUGCCGGUCAUGAACGUGAUGAUGCCGCUGGUGCCCGCCAUGGUGUGCUACAGCCCGCAGGCCGAGAAGGUCUACAAGCUGCGCAACCCGCCGCGAAACCUGCAGAAGGUGGGCACGCUGGUCACCCCCGACAACGACGUGUUCAUCGCCGGCGGCGAGGUGGUGCUGGAGAACGCCUUUAGCCACAGCGGCGGCCUGCUGGUGGCGGUGGACAGCUUCUUCUGGCUGGACGCCCAGCAGAACACGUGGGUGGCCAAGACGCCCAUGCUGUGCGCCCGCCUCAAGCCCUCGCUGGUCUACUGCGACGGCUGCAUCUACGCCGUGGGCGGCGACAACGUCGGCGGCGAGCUCAACCGGCGCACGGUGGAGCGCUACGACCGCGUGAAGGACGAGUGGAGUAUGGUGAGCCCGCUGCCGCUGGCGUGGAGCUGGAGCACGUGCGUGGCGGCGCACGACUGCAUCUACGUGCUGACCCUCAACCUCAUGUACUGCUACCUGCCGCGCACCGACGCGUGGGUGGAGAUGGCCGUUCGCAAAACCAGCCGCUGCUACGCCUCGGCGGCCGCCUUCGGGGACCUCAUCUUCUACGUGGGCGGCCUGCGCAGCUCGGUUCGCGGCACAGACACGUCGAUCAGGAGCUACUCGCAGGACAACUCCGCGCACGACGUGGAGAUCUACGACAUCAACAAGAACGAGUGGCGCCAGGCCGCCAAUGUCCCCGCCACGCCCGACGUGGGCCACUGCGUGCACGCCGUGGUACUGCUUGACGGGGUGUGCAUCUUUAAGCGUGAGACACACAUAAACGACCGGCCCAAGUACUCCAUCUACAAGUACGAGGUGGAGCUGGACCGCUGGUACCUGCGGCAGCCCGUGUCGGAGCGCGUGCUCUGGGAACUGGGCACCGGCUUCCACUGCACUGUGGGCAAGCUGUACCCAUCCUGCCUGGAGGAGUCCGCGUGGAAGCCGCCCGCCUACCUCUUCUCGCCCGACGGCGCCGAGGAGUUCAACAUGGAUGGGGAGCUGGUGGCCCUCCCCCUCGUAUAGCUCUCAGGCACCCCCCUGGUGAGCCAGCUGGGGGUGUGGGGCGUGUGAACCCUCGAAAGGACGCAGAAUCUGCCACUCGGGGACGUUGGCUCCAAACGUAAUGGACGUACUAACCUCGCAAACUUCUUUUCUUCUUGAGCUCGUAACGUGGUGGUGGUGGGGGGGGCGGGGGUCUGUUCUAACACGUUUGCCCUCACGGUUCCUAGGCUUAAGGAUUCGAUUCUCUUGGUUUGCUGCGUGGAGUUUGCAUGUUCUCCCCGUGCUUGCGUGGGGUUUUUGUUUUUUGUUUUUUUUCUGCGGGUACUCCGGCUUGCUCCCACAUUCCAAAACCAUGCAUGUCAGCUCAAUUGGCCAAAAGUGUGAGUGAGAGUUUUCCGUCACUUUUUCUCUUCAAACACGACCCACAAAAAAAGGUUUGGGAUACAGUGAAUUGGGACCGAGCCCUGCCGUGCAUAGCAACUGUUCUCUUGUUGCCUCGGGAUGCCAUAACAGGGUAGCUAAGGACGACUUAUGACGAAAUGCGACUCCAAAUACUUUUUACAUUAAGGUGGCGCCAAAUCAACACUUUUCACCGUCCAAUUUUUCAGUGAAUAAAGGCGAGGUUCUCUCGCCUGCCUUUGAGUGACUUCUCGACUCCAUCUCGACUGUUGCAACACUGAAUUUAUAGUGCCAUCGGCAGCUUUCCACAGAGAUAGUGGAAGCCGAAAAGCCCUCCCCAAAUAAUUGCAUAACUUUUUGGGAGUGGUGUUAUGUGCCCUGCAAUUGCCUCUCGCCCAAAAAUCAGCUGGGAUAGGCGCCAAGUGGGAUCCAAAAUUGGUUGGCUGGCUCAUCUCUGGGUGCUUCAACACUCACCCCGCCCUUUUUCUAUUCUCCCCGUCCUCCGACCGUGAUUGGACAAUCUCUUCAACUGAGAGUGACAUCGGGAUUAAUAUAUCAAGCAACUUUCCGGAGAACAAAGAAAAGAAAAAAAAGGUUUGCUGUGGCAGUACAGGGGCAGGGAGACUGUAGAUACCCCUCCCCCCCUUUCCUCUCUUGGUUGUGGGCAACAAGGGUGACUGCGGGUCCAGUCGCUCGCCCACUCUGCCCUUGGCUACGCCCACUGCGCCUGGGGCCUUCCACACAACCAUCGAUUAACGCCUCACGCUAUGCUGGUGAUCGUCAUUGGUAACACACACACACACACACACACACACACCUCUUCUCAGCAGUUCUCAUUUCUAAGCUGCUGAAGUAUGAUAAAUAUCUAUUUUUCAUAUGUUUGAAAUGUGUUACAGUUUGGGGACGGGGUGACGACUACCAGUUCUAUUUUGUAUUCGUGUUUUUUUAUGUGUGUGUGUGUGUAUGUAUACACACACACACACACAUAUACAUGUUAGACAUUACUGUAGUGUGACUGUGGCUGGAAGUUGGUCCUUGUUCAUUAAGCGGGCCUGGGAGCUUGUUGCCCUGGAAACCAGCCCUUGGCAACCACUAGCAGGAGUCUGGCGUGGUGGGAUCUUAAACUCCAUGAGCACAGGUGCUUCAUGGCGGACGUUUGGAGCAUGUUUGGCUGCAUCGUAUUCCGUUGGCACUGUUUCCCCUCUGAACUAUAAUUUAUUAAAGUAUAAUCGAAAAG